AUGACCUUCCGAAAGGACCGCGAGAUGCACAUUGCCGCACGCCAAACACCGCUCAAAGCAUCAGAGGAACACGAGAACCCAGAUCGUGAAUUCAUGAAGACGUGGCUCGGCGUAAAAAGGGAAUUUGGCUACCUGCGCUCAGACUUGCUGGACGCUGUGCUGGCUGAUGGUAGAAAGGUUCAAAACCAGAGCUUCAUGGGGCGGCUUUUUGACAGCGAAUCUAAGACUCAAAAUUAG